GUGACCCCAGCUUUUGUGUUGUGAAAAAAAAAUGGCGACGGGUUAGGGAGCACAGCGAAUAUUAGCAAUAUGUCUGAAUUACUACAGUUUUAUGGCAAUUCACCUCUCUACAUUCUGUUAAGGAUUACUUCUGAAGGAUUUUACACAAUGUGAUGGAGAAGAAGCAGGUGUUUUAACGGGGGAUUUCUGAAAUCGAAGAAAAAUGAGAUUCCGAAGAGAAGAAAGUUACGUGUUUUUCUUGACUUUAUCGGCAUUAUUUAUUUUUGAGGAUGUACAUGCACUAUCAGGUUUGACUGACUUUACAUUCCUGUUGGAGCCCAGCAGUCUGGUGGUUUCCCGGGGCGACUCUGCUGUAUUUCACUGUUCCAUCCAAUCAGAUUCGUCGUCUCCCAGCGUCACGUGGACCAAAGACGGGCAGACUCUCAAACUAGACGACAGGAAGCUUAUGUGGCCAAAUGGGUCACUACACAUCACUGAUGUCCAGAGUUCGGACAGGGGCCAGUACCAGUGUCAGUCAAGUCUUCCCAAUGUGGGGACGAUCAUUAGUCGAACGGCCAGUUUACAGACAGCUUAUCUUUCUAGAAAUUUCCUCAUCCAACCGGAGGAUCUAAAUAUAUACAUCCAGGACCUCGCCAUGUUUCAGUGUCGUGGCGAUGGGCUGCCGAUGCCAAAUGUCACAUGGUACAAAGACAGCAAUCUGUUGAAGGACGUGGAGUCGAACGUGCGGAUUUAUCCCGACGGAGUGUUGGAAAUUAAUCCUGUGAAAUUCGCUGAUUUUGGAACGUAUUAUUGUCAAGUGGAAAACAUGGAGAGAGUUCGGAGUAGCCGCAUUGCAAAGCUCGUUCAGAACGGAAAUACAGAUUCAUUAGAGGAGGGUAUGGUGCCAUCAUUUGUCAUCACUCCCAGGGACACUAAAAUCCCAGAGGGGUCGUCCACCAUCCUGUUCUGCGGCGCCAAUGGUCGAGAUCAGCAGGGGAAACAGCCAGUCAUCACGUGGAUCAAAGACGGCACCACCAUCGAUUUCAUGCUGACACAAGGGAGACUGCAGGUGACCGGUGCGGGAAAUCUUCAGAUCUUUAACGUCCAGAAGUCAGACGCUGGCACAUACUCAUGUCGACCGAGCAACAUGGAGGAUUCGAUCGACUCGGAGGCCAGUCUUAGCGUGUUAGUUCCACCGAAAUUCUUGGUAAAGCCACAGAGCCGAGCAGUGUAUGAGAAGACGGAUGUUGUGUUGCGUUGUGAAAUUGACGGACUUCCUAAACCAAAAAUCCACUGGACCAAAGAUGGAAAUCCUGUGUCAACCUCAAACUACGUCAUAGAGGACGGAAAUGAGCUGAGAAUUCUGGGAUUAGUCCGCGCAGAUGCUGGGUUUUAUCAAUGUCACGGAAGAAAUGAGCUCGGGAGUAUCCAAACUAUAGCUCAGCUGAUGGUGUUAAACAAUGGUCCUGGUUUCUCAUUGGAUGGCUACAAAAUCUUGGACCCCUAUUCGAGGAACCAGGCCAAUCUACCAGCGGAACCAUCCGGACUGUCGGCAGCCAUUGUUUCCAAACGCUUUAUCACGCUCCGCUGGAACCAGCCGAAAGAUAGACGCAUUACUGGGUACUCUGUCUUCUGGAAGGAAAGGAGUUCGCUACGGGAGCGAAUGCUGAACACUACUCACACUGAGGCCAACAUACAGCGACUGAAACCGGACACCAGCUACGAAUUCCGGGUCAGGGCGAUCAACAGCUACGGAUUCAGCCAGAAUUUCGCGAGUAUCAUUGUUCGCACCGAUAAAGAUGUUGCUGUCCCAAGUCCGGCGGUCAAUGUCCGGGCAAUGCCCCUGUCACCGCAGUCCAUCAUUGUGUCCUGGGACCCUCCACGUCAACCCAAGGGCCGAAUCAUCAAGUACCUCCUCCUCUUCUCUGAAGCAGACAGUCCACAAUCCAGUCAGAUCGAGGUCACCAGCACUCAAAAACUGCUGACAGGGUUGAUGGCGUUUCGGGAGUACACAUUUCAUGUUGUGGCUGUUAAUGGGAAUGGAGAGGGGAUGAGCACCAGGGAGGUAUCGGCCAAAACAUUCUCCGACAAACCGUCAGAGGCACCGCAGAACGCCACGCUAGAGACAGCUAGCUCCACGUCCCUGAUUGUGAGGUGGGAUCCACCCCCAUUAGAUCACCAGAAUGGAAUUAUAACGGGAUACAAGAUCCGCUACAAAAUGCGGGGAGCAUCUAGAAACGGAGCAACGGUGACUACAGAUGGAAACCGCCGGCUGUACGCACUGACAAACCUGGAGAAGGACUCAGAAUACCAGGUGCGGAUCUCCGCACUGACCGUGAAUGGUAGUGGACCGCUCACACCGAAACUCAAGGCCACCACGUAUAAAGAUGACCUGGACGAAUCUCGAGUGCCAGAUGCUCCACGUAAAGUUCGUGUGACGCCACAUGCCACAUCGAUACGGGUGUCGUGGUCCACCCCACCCCCGGAGUCAAAGAUCUUGGUCCGAGAGUACGUUCUUGGGUGGGGGAAAGGCGUACCUGACACUGAGAGUAAAAUAGUUGGUCCGGAUACUCAAGUUUUCACUAUAGAGAAUCUGUUGCCGUCAUCGGAAUAUGUCAUAACUGUAAAAGCAAAAAACAACAAAGGCGAAGGGCUGCCACGAUACACCACUGCCACCACCACCAAGGAAUCAGUGGAUGAGUCCUUCACGCCCAUGAUGCCUCCCGUCGGUUUAAAGACGCACGUUUUGUCGUCGUCCACGAUUGUCCUGACGUGGACGGACACUUCGCUGGGAGUGAAUCAGAUGAUACAAGACAACCGCUACUACACCGUCAGGUACCGAGUCGCCUCUAACAUGGAAAGUGAAAACAGCAGGUUCUGGUAUUUGAACUCUACGGAUCUGAACGCACACAUCGACAGCCUUAGGCCAAAUACGAGGUAUGAAUUCGAUGUCAAGGUCAUUAAAGGUCGACGCCAAAGCCCCUGGAGCAUGAAAGAAAUCAACACCACACAAGAAGCGGCUCCAGGGUCAUCCCCUCUAGAUCUGACACCUGUACCAAAAGAAAAUGACCCCCGAGCUGUGAUAAUGAACUGGCAGCCUCCCGCCAAACCCAACGGACAGAUUACAGGUUACUUAGUAUUCUACACCACAGACGCCAAACAAAAUUUACGUGAAUGGGUAGUAGACGGUGUUUUGGAAGGUGACGAAUUGUCAGCGACCAUAAAACGACUGACACCAUCAACGACAUAUUAUUUCAAAGUCCAGGCAAGAAACAGUAAAGGGUACGGACCUCUGUCAGAGACUGUCAUCUACAAAACUCCGAAAGCGGAUGGCAGUGGUGGCGGGCAGAUUGACCCAGACUAUCCCCCUGUCGGUGUCGGAGAUGACAAAAUUCCACCCCACGAUAUUAUACCACAGUCGCCCAAACCAGAAGAUGAUCGGAACAGUGACGGACGGAGGGGAGGUAACUCUGAGGGUGGACUGCCUACAGGAAUCAUGAAUAUCAUCAUCGCCUCUGUCGUUGGGGCGACGUUUUGUAUCGUAAUUAUUGUAGUAGCCGUCGUGUGCUGCCGGAGGCGGGAAAGCGAGCAACGACUAAAACGACAAGCACAACAAAAUCAGCAGUCUCCUUUGAAGGGAAAAGGUCAAGGUCGUGACCUGAAGCCUCCUGACCUCUGGAUCCAUGACAACAUGGAGAUGAAAAACAUAGACAAAGGACAGAGGAGUGAGUCGACCCUGACGAUGAGUACGACUCGAAGAAGUUCCAACGAUUACCGGUCAAUGGACGACCUUCCGCCUUACCACGACGAGAGAAAUGAAAUGUAUUAUCAUCCACCAUCAGACCAUGAAGAGCGAGAGAGGUUCCUGCCUCCCAGGCAACCGGGUCCUGGGAUAAUUCGUCCCAAGGCCACAAAACCGCUGAUGAUACCUGUGGAUGCACAGCCCCCACCUCGAGAACCCAUCGCCAUGGUUACAGCUCUGCCUAAUGGAGCUUUGGACCGUGGAGAACCAGGAAUUUUAUCUCGGCCGGGAUUCCCCCGGACUCAGUACAACAUGCAGUACCAAAGUGGAGGUCCCAGGGUCAAUGCAGGGGAUCUACCACAGCCCCCACCCAUUCAAGCAUUUCCUGUAGAGUAUGCAUACAAACGCCCCGCUUUUGAAGACGAGGAUAGCUCCAGCAUCCACAGUUGUCAUGACGACCAUUCCUUUUCCAGUAGAUCCAUUGGUUAUGGCCAGAAGUCCCCAGACUGUCAUUCCCUAUGUCAAGGUCAGCCUAUGGCCGUCAUUGCACCAGGACAACACGAGUUUGAAGGUCAUCGAAGUCUACCCAGAGGAAAUCGACCAAUCAGAAGCUUUACAUCCCCAAAUCCCCUUAACCACCCAAAACCACUAUCUGGGGUUCAUCACCAUAGUAACCCCAAACAUCAAAUAGUUAAACCACAGCAAUCCCCUUACAAGAAGGCGGGACCUCCUCUUUCAGCUGUUCCUGUGAAACCUCGUGCCAUACCUGUAAUCAAACCAAAGGCUCCAGAUGUUGUACUUAAGGCGGGUGCAGACCCAGAUAUCCAGAAAUCUGAGAGUACUGAGGAACUUUCUGCUGAGAUGGCCAAUUUGGAUUGUCUGAUGAAAGACUUAAACGCCAUCACACAACAGAACUUUGAGGUUUAGUGUUUGAAAUGGAGAGAAGAAUGAAAACUUUGGAGAACGCUGUAGGGAGAACCUUUAUAAUAAGUUGUCCUUUACUGCAACAUGGCAGCAUCAGUUUUGUGGAAAAUACUGUGUUGAAUUUUUCUCACACCAUUGUAGUGAACAAUCGACUGUGAGAUGAGUUCAUGUGUUUAUUGAGUGGAUAAGAAUGACGGUGAAUACACACUCUUUUUAUUGUGGGAUUUAUCGAUGCUGCAAGAUAAAUUUGUAUUGAAGGACUAGAACAAACUGUAUCUAGAAUGAAGGGAUUAAAAACAAACAUUCAGAGACAUCGUGUGUAUAAAUCAGGAUCUAACGGACGUGGAUUAGAAACUGCAGAUUUGGAAUAGCAUCAUUACAUGGAAUGUGUUGGAAGGGGAGAUCUUCAAACAUUUUAUAUGUGUAUUUUUUAUAUACUGAUGGAGAUUCUUAGGAUAGGAUGCAUUAGAGUUCCUUUAUUGAUUGAAAUACUUGUUCCAAAUGAUGAAAGUUUGAGUGAAAUAUCAUAUUUUUUAUCAAUUCUGUCGAAAGAUGUGAUAACUUUAUAACAGAACAAUUAAUUUAAUUCUAAAAGCGAGCCUCAUCCUCAUGAUAAAUCAACCCCUCUUUGAUAUGGACAACUCCAUGUCUGAAAUAGGGGUGAACAGAAUAUUUCAUUUUUACUGGUGCCUACAUAAUGAUUAAGAUAUUCAUUUCCUUGUAUUUUGUACAAUUUGAAAAUUUACUCACUUGAAAUGUUGCCAUACUAAGCCAAAAUUUUUCAUCAUAAGAUAAGUUUAACAUACAUCGAUCAUCGUAAACCGUAGCAUUUCCAUUGGCUGUUUUAUCACCUGUCUGACAUUGUUCAUGAAGAGAUCAAUUGACAUCGAACAUGAUUGUCAACAAGGAGUGCACAAAAUUUGGGAAUAUCAUACAGUUGUAUAUUGUUUAACAUAAUAUAGUUGAACACCAAUAUCUGGAAUACCAUGGGUAUGACGAAGCGAGUUGGAAGUCCCAACUACAUUUUCUUUAUGUAUUUCAACCUCAAUAUCUCAAAACCUCAGACAUUUUGAAGUUUAUUCUGAACCCCAUCGAGUACGAGAUAGAAAGGUUUGACUGAUAUCCACUAGGUGUAUACUUUUAAGAUUUGGGUGUCAAUUGAUGAGUGUCAAAAUGUAACUGGCGUGACGUGUGCACUUUACACCGGUGUAGUAAUGAAAUGUCGCAUCAUUGAGAAGGAACUUUGUAAAAUGACAUAUUUGUUACUGGAAGUAAAUUCUAAAACAGAUUAAUAACCGGAUAAAACUGAAUCGGUGACCAUUCACAGAACCGGAUAAAACUGAAUCGGUGAUUAUUUGCUUAACAGCGAAGUACGAUUUUGGCAAUCAUGGUGUUGAAAAGCUAUUGAAUCUUGAUUUCAUAUAGGUAUCUGGUUCCCGAUAAUGCAAGUACUGUAAGUAUGGUGUUUGUAGAACAAUUUCAUCAUAAUCCCUUCAUGUCUGUAUUAUGACUGUGGUGCUAAUUUCUGUAAUAUCAAAAUUCCUGAUUUAAUCAUGUAAGCUUGUGUGUAUUAGUGUAGUCAAGGUCAGUUUUAUUUAUAAGUGUAGCAUCUUUAAGUUAAGAGGGGAAGCCUAUGUAUGAGGAAGUUUACAUGAUUGGAAGGUGAACUUAUAGCUCCCUUAUACAGAUCUUUACUGCUGACUUUUUAAAUCUCAUUUGUACAAGUCGUGUUUAUGUUGAAUUUCGUAAUGUCACAGGAUGCCCAAGAUUUUGGAUGCAUCAAAUGAAGUAGGAUUUUGCUGUGUUUACGAGCGAUGUUCUAUUUGAUCAAACAACAAUGUGAAUUGGUCAUUAAUACAUGAAAUGUAUAAUACAUGAAAUAUACCCAUAACAAGAGGUUUUGGAUUGAUUUUAAAUGUUCAGUUAUGCUUUUCCAUUGAAUUUUCAAGUAAAGAUUUAUGAAUAAUUAAAAAAUAAAGCUGGUUUCAUUGCGAAAAUAUGUGCUAAGUAUUGUUUUUUUAGCAAUAUGAAAACAUUUACAACAAGUUCUGAAGAAAAAAAAUCCUACAGCAUUUUUUGGGAGUGGGUAUCCUAUGUCCUUAAUAGGUUAGGAGGAAGCUGGUAGCUUUCAUAUUGUGCUACAUGAAGCAGUGAUAUUGAACAAAUGAAGUCAAUUCUUAGUUUUUAUACAUGCAAAUUUUUUUAUUAGUUUGAUUGGGAAAUGUUUAUUUAGGCACGUACUUAUUGUCUUAAUUUGGUUUUUACAACACACCUCGUUGAACUAAAUAUAUAUAUAGAUAUAUAUGUCACAAUAAACAUGAAGUGUAAGACUUCUUCCUAAUUUCCUAUGCUGCCUAGGAAUUUUUCACUUUAUGAAAACCAUGUGCUGGCGAUGGUCUAAUCAACACACCACGACACGUGACUGUCAUUGGUUAACACACCACGACACUUGACUGCCAAUGGCUAAUACAACACUUGACUGUCAUUGGUUAACACCACGACACAUAACUGUCAUUGGUUAACACAUCACGACACUUCACUGUCAUGGGCUGAUACAACACUUGACUGUCAUUGGUUAACACAUCACAACACUUGACUGUCAUUGGUUAACACACCACGACACUUCACUGUCAUUGGCUGAUAGAACAAUUGACUGUCAUUGGUUAACACACCACGUCACUUGACUGACAUUGGUUAACAUACCACGACACUUGACUGUCAUUCGUUAACACAUCACAACACUUGACUGUCAUUGGUUAACACACCACAACAUUUGACUGUCAUUGGUUAACACAUCACAACACUUGACUGUCAUUGGUUAACACAUCACAACACUUGACUGUCAUUGGUUAACACAUCACAACACUUGACUGUCAUUGGUUAACACAUCACAACACUUGACUGUCAUUGGUUAACACAUCACAACACUUGACUGUCAUUGGUUAGCAUUGAUCUGUGCACAUUAAUGUUUUCCCUGUACUUCUAUGUAUAGAGUUUUUUUAUAGUUGGCUUUUUUUCGACGGUUGUGUACUCAUUAUUUAUAAAGAUACAUUGUGUUUUACGUAUUUUUGUUUUUAUAGUAGUAUUCACAUUUAGCAUUUACCCUCGUGGUCACGUGACGUCACUAUUGACGAUUUCUGCUUAUGGUUGUGUUUGUAUCAUGUAAACAUUUGACCUCGAACAAAAUCUUCAAUGAAAUAAAAUUUCGUAAGUACA